GUUGAUGGAGGAGAAACGCCUUCUUCUCAGUGAUCCACAACAGAUGCAGUCUGAAAUCCACGCUUUGCAACAAGAAGUGGAACAUUUCAGAGUCUUGGCAAAGGAGUUUCAGGCCCAAAAGCAAGAAAUGGCGGAUCUAAAACAAAGAUUUGAAGUGCUGGAAUCAAGUUCCAAGAAGUCCGGUUCCAUGUAUACUAGAUGGGGAAAACACAGUUGUCCAAAAUUGAAUGGAACGGAAUUGGUGUAUGACGGGAUAGCUGGAGGUAGCUAUUAUGCGGAUAAUGGUAAUGGUGCCAAUACCUUGUGUCUACCACAUGACCCUGAAUUGCUACCGGAUCAUUUCCCACUUGCAUCUAAUCCACUUACAUCUAAUGGCUUCGGCCAUAUCUACGGCGGCGAAUAUGAAUUUAGUUUAAGAAACGUGGUAGUAGAAGAUGAUGUGCCCUGCUCUGUCUGUCAUGUCAAAAUGGCGACUUCUUCGAUGAUGAUUCCCGCCAAACGAUCGUGUCCAACUGGAUGGACCAAGCAGUAUUCUGGUCUACUGACAGCUAACUAUUAUAAAUACUCCAAACUGGAAUACCUUUGUGUUGACGAAGACCCUGAUUCCGUUGAGAGAUCUCGACAAAACGAGAACGGAAGACUCUUUUAUCCUGUGAAAACCGUUUGCGGCUCUCUACCAUGUCCACCAUAUAAAAAUUCAACUAUGGUUUCGUGUGUUGUAUGUACGAUGUGAGAAUGUGCUUGGUGUUGUGUUUAUUGUUGAUAUAAUAAUAUCAACAAUUGAGUCAUAAUUCAUAGUAAAAUUAAUCGGUGUCAUAUAUGUUGUGUGAAAAAAAACUAUAUAGCUCACUGUAAUCUGGUAAUUCAUAAAAUUAA